AGUUUGAUGACUUUUCAGACAGCGAAAGUGAUAUUGCUGAGCAGUUAGACCCACCUGACGUACCAAGAAAGUACAUUCGUGAUGCAUUGAUCGAAAUAUGCAUUUAUGAGAAUGAGAAUGAUUGUUCACCAGAAGCUGCAGAAGUCUGGAGGAGUAGAUUAGAAAAUUGGCUAAGCAAAAUGACAGAAUUGAGAGUUAUACGUAAAUCAAAUAGAGAAGCCAAUAAACAACGUCCACGACCCAGACUACCUGAGAAUAAAUGCAAGCUCUCAGAAACAGAAUUCUUCAUGAACAGCAAGUAUGUAGUCCCAUGGAACCAACUUAGAAGCAUGUGGAUAGCCUAUUUUGGGCUACAGGAGGAAUUUCCUGAGCUUGUUGAUAUUAUAAUUAAAGAAAUUAGAAAAUCACUAAGGGACUGUAUACAUUAUGCAAACAAUGCUGGGGUAAACAUCGACAAAAUUACUGAAUGGAGAGCAAGAUUUGAAUGA